AUGGAGCAGGCACAGUCACGGGCCCUGGAGGCUCUUCAACCGUUCAUACUUCUUACGACCUCGUCUAUGGCCUCGUCGCCUCGCUAUAUUGCUAAUAUCAUCACCAAUGCCACCUCCCAUCCCAACACAUUCGUCUUCGCCGAGCUUCUGGAAACCCCAGCCAUCCAGUCGCUGCGUUCACUAGAGACACCAGGAGAGUACCGAGGAUACCUCAAACUACUUGAGAUUUUUGCCUGGGGUACAUGGCAGGAAUACCAAUCAACACCUGAUCUCCCAGAGCUGAGCAACGAACAGGCGCUGAAGCUUCGCUUACUUACCCUCCUAACGAUAUCCAGUACCGCCCGCCCCCUAACAUAUCAGGGAUUGAUGGAAGCUCUUUCGAUCCCCAACGCAUCCGAACUCGAGUCUCUCGUCACCACAGCGAUCUAUUCAUCCUUGAUAAAGGCUCGUUUAUCGCCUGCAAGCAACCCUCCCACAGUAAACGUAACUGCCGUUGCGCCGCUGCGAGAUGUUCAACCUCAGACAGUAUCGUCGAUGAUUUCCACCCUGACCGAAUGGGAGGACCGCUGCGGCGACGUUAUCAGUGGUAUCGAAGCCGAAAUCGCCAAGAUCAAAGACCAGGCUGUCAAAAACCGGAGAAGGGAGCGGGAACGCACACAGAUUCUGGAAAAGGCCAUCGCAAAUGGGAAUGGGACCGCUUCUCGCAGCAGCAGGAACUCGAAAUCUAAUGCCCGUGGCAGCAAAGCCGGGUUUCGAACUGGCGGACAGGCCAGUGGUAGCAAUACCAACAAGCGCGAGUAUAGUGGAGAUGAUAUUGAAGAGGACGAUGGCUAUUUUGACAAUGGUAGUGAUGGUGGAGUUGAUACUGUGGGGUCACAAAUGGAUAUUGACGAAGGCUCGGGUGCCAGUCGAGGUGCAACAAGACAGGCGAAAAGAUUGCUGGGGGUUGGACGAAAGAGUUAG